AGGUUGCGCGCGAGACUUGAGAUCCAUAGCAAUUUGACAGCUUCACAGAAGAGGCAGCCGUUCAGAGUCUCUUUCACUUUUAUUUCUCCUCAUUUUUUCUCCCCUGGACUCUAUUGACUGUGAGCCUGGGGUUGUCACAUUCAAAAAACAUCAAUUUGAAGUCUUUACACUCCGGCAGCAUGAGCAAGAAGAAAAAGGACUGGAAGACAGAGAAAGAAAGACUGCUCCGGUUAGACCGGGAAGUAAGACGCAAGGAAUACCGUCGUCAAGAUUUUAUGCCUUUGGAGAAGAUUCCGACCUGGAGAGAAGAAAACAUCACCAGUGACAAAGAGGAUGUGGAGCUGACUGGAGGAGGAGGAGCAGGAGGACUGAGCGAUAAAGUAUCUCUGUAUAAGGGGGACAUCACCAUCUUAGAAGUGGAUGCCAUCGUCAAUGCUGCAAAUUCCAGUCUUCUGGGAGGAGGCGGAGUGGACGGCUGCAUACACAAAGCGGCAGGGUCCUGCCUGUAUGAGGAGUGUCUCUCUCUUAAGGGCUGUGAGACCGGCAAAGCCAAAAUCACCUGUGGCUACGAUCUCCCUGCAAAAUAUGUGAUCCAUACUGUUGGUCCGGUGGCCAGAGGUCAUGUGGGGCCCACAGAGAGCAGCGACCUCGCCUCGUGCUACCAGAACUCCCUCAGGCUGAUGGAAGAGCAUAACUUGAGGACUGUGGCCUUCCCCUGCAUUUCCACAGGCAUCUACGGCUUCCCCAACGAUCCUGCAGCUGACAUCGCUCUGAAGACGGUGAAGGAAUGGAUUCAACAAAAUCCCGACAAGAUCACACGGGUCAUUUUCUGCGUCUUCCUGGAGAAUGAUUUUGCCAUCUACAAGAAGAAAAUGUCUGACUUUUUCAAAGACCAUGGUGAGGAAGUUACAGAGAAGCUGCCACAGGGGGACGACACACCACCAUUGUCAAAGUCAGCAACCAAAGAAGGAGGUGAAAACAACGAAGGUGAACAAGAACCGGAUGACGACAAAGAAGAAGAAGAAGAAGAAGAGCGUGAUGAUGAUGUGCCGUUAAACAACGACGUGGAGAUGCUCAGUCAAAACCCAGAGGAAAAUACAGCCGGAGAUGAGCCAAACCAAGAACAACAGGACGAAGAAAAAGAAAGCCAAGACAAAGAUGAAGAUAUGGCUGUGGAGGAUGGGAAGAAGGACAGCGAGGAGAAGGGCCUCGACACUGAAAAUACUGAAGACAAAGCUGACAAAAAAGAACCUGAAGCAAAGAUGGAGGAAGAAGACACAGCAAACUCUGCUAAGGAUAAAGAAGGGGUUUCCAGCAGUAAUGCCGGCGACGAAGAUGAGAUGGUAGAUUCUGUUGAGCCUUCAGCAUCAGCCGCCAGCGUUCAGCCCAAAGAUUCUGCUAAAAAGAAUGAAUGACCUGCAGAGAGGAAGAGUCGACCUCAUCUGACAGCCAGCAAACUGUGCAAAGGCCAUCCAGUGCCCCCCCCCCCCACCUUCUCAGUGUGGGCUCUGACCCCGCCCCGGACCACCAGCUAUUCACAAAACGCUCACGUCCCCAACUUUACUUCGCCUCUGUCCUCAUCCUCAGAAAAGAAUCCAUCUUUGAGGUCUGUAAAUGUCUGUCUGCAUACGGAGGGACUCCAACAUAUCAACCCGAAAAGAUGAGCCAUACCUCACUGUGUGUUAGGGUCAUUGUGUCAGUGGGGUGCGACCAGUUCAAUUAGCUUCAAGUCUCUUAUUUGAUUAAAAAAAAGCCACUGUGAGAGCGCGGUCAGAGGCCGGACGCUCCUCCACGUCGGUUCUACAGGCUGGAUGACUCUUCUCACCAACACUCUUUGGUUCUUACAGCUCCAUCUCCACUGCAGCACUCAACCCCCCCCCCAAGACCAAGCCGAUUACCGCUAAAAACAAGCCCAAAGUCGACAAAUCGAUCAACUUUUUCUCUCUUUGCCGUUUCCAGUGCAUGCCAGAAACCUGCUAUGACCCUCACCAACCGUCUUCUUUGCUUCUGCUUUUGUCCUUUCAGAUUGUCUAUAAAUUUAUGGAAGGAAUCUGCCUUAUUUCGUAUCAAAACGACAAAAAUCACGAUCUCAGCCCACAGGAGCCGCUCCUGCUCUGGAUUCAUGGUUGUGCAUUGCUUGCGGAUGAUUUGUACUUUUAAAAACAUGAUGUAAUGGCUAAUACCUGUUUUGUUAAUCACACCUGGGGUUUUUCCUUCAUUCAAUUUUAGGGUCCUUCUCCUUUUUCUGUAUCAUUUCUUUUAAGUGGUGCCAUUCAAAAGAGCAGAGGGGUUUCAGAUUUAUGAAAUGAUGCCUUCAUACUUGGAUGUUUGCUUUGCUAAAACUAUAACAAUAUCAACUAAUAAAGUUUAAAGCAGAAGCUG